UGCUGCAACUCCAUUACAUGUAUCGAUGCAAUCCGAAGUUGAGGGCAGAAACUUAAUUGAUUGGCAAAGAUCUCAACUGCAAUUGAGGUUUCGUUUUUGAAAGAUGAUAGAGUGCUCUCUACUGUUAUUUGUCUCCACGGGCAAUCCAUAUUACUUAUUAAAGAGGAGGGGUUCAUUUUGUAGUACAACCAGGAAUUGUUCUUGUAUUUCGCCUUAUGAGAGAUCGAAUAUUUCUGCCUUACCCAAAUGGAGUUGUGUCACUACCAGUAAAACAAGUCAAGAACACUCGUUUGUUGCACAGCAAAGGUUGGAAACAACACCGGACUCGCUAGUGAUCGAAGUUGGAGAUGGAAAAAAGUGGGCUCUGGGCACUGUUAUGCAAAAAAACUUUGAGAAAAUGAUACGCGAGGCUCAAGAUGAUAUUUGUGCUGCCAUCGAAAAGUUAGAUGGUACUCCAUUCAAACAGGAUGUUUGGACUCGUCAAGAAGGAGGAGGUGGAAUUUCCCGAGUUUUGCAAGAUGGAGUAGUUUUUGAGAAAGCAGGUGUCAACGUUUCCGUUGUGUAUGGUCAUAUGCCCCCGGAAGCUGUUAAAGCAGCAUCUGCGAGAGGUGUAACAAGGGAUGGAGGCUAUGGACCUGACGAGAAGGUUCCCUUUUUUGCUGCUGGUAUUUCAUCGGUGAUACAUCCGAAGAAUCCUAUGGCGCCUACUGUGCACUUCAACUAUCGUUAUUUUGAAACAGAACGUGGCUUGUGGUGGUUUGGUGGAGGAACGGAUUUGACUCCUUCCUUUCUAUUCGAAGAAGACUGUUCUCAUUUUCAUAAGUGUUUGAAGGAGACUUGUGAUAGGCAUGAUGUAGAGUUCUAUCCAAAGUUUAAAAAAUGGUGCGACGAGUACUUCCUUAUUAAGCAUCGUGGAGAAAGAAGAGGAGUUGGAGGAAUAUUUUUCGAUGAUUUGAAUGAUCGACCUGCGGAAAAAUUGUUUGAGUUUGCCAAGGAUUGUGCAAAUACUGUUAUUCCAGCAUACGUACCCAUUAUCGAACGUAGAAAGGAUAUGCCAUAUACGGCGCAAGAAAAGGAAUGGCAGCAACUUCGACGAGGCAGAUAUGUCGAGUUUAAUUUGGUUUACGAUAGAGGAACAGUGUUUGGUCUGAAGACAGGCGGUCGUAUAGAAAGUAUUUUGAUGUCGUUGCCAUUAACAGCUCGUUGGGAAUAUGAUCAUCAUCCAGAAAAUAAUUCUAGAGAAGCUCAGUUACUCAGUGUCUUAAGGGAGCCAAAAGAAUGGAUAUAAUGGAACGAGUUCAAACACUUGAUAUAAACAACAGAAU